AUUUUCCACCAGGCUUUUUAUAACACUCAGAUAUUAGCACUGGAAACUAGCUAAAAGUUUGGAGUAUGGUAAAAUACUAGCUCCAUUGAUGAAAUGGUCGUCCAAAAUAAAUAGUGAUGUCCAGUUAUUUUAAUUUUGAUAUGACAACCCUACGAUAGUACCUAGUUAAUGAAAUGAAAUGAAAUUAAAUUAAAUAAAAUGAAAUGAAAUAAAACUGAAAUGUUUUUUUUUUGCUUGAAAUAUGGUACAAAAGUUAUUCAGACAAUAUUAUAAAUAGGCAACACAUAUUAAUUUGUUCAUCCGGUAAAACAAUCAUGACAGAUAACGAAUACAAAUUAUAGAAAACAUAAUUUUACUUUAUGUACAUAUUUUUUUAUGCAAAACUUUUCAUGCUUGCCUUACAAUUCUGUUAUAUAAAUAUGACUAAUAAAUGGACUUGCAUUCAGACUUUCUAUAGACGCUAACAUGAGGCAACUAUCGGUGUGGCUGCUCCUGACAGUUUUUAUUGUGGUGUUAACUUACGUACCUGACAAUGAAGUAACAGCAGCACCAUGCGAUCACGACCACCAUCAUCGUCAUCGCCGUCAUCGGCCCAAACACGAUGAUGAUGAUGACGAUGAUGACGACGACGAAGACGAGAAGCCUAAAAAACACAAGCCUAAGAAACAUAAGAAAAAAGGUGAUAAAGAUGAUGAUGACGAUGAUGAUAAAGAUGAUCAGGAUAAGGACAAGAAUAAAGAUAAGGAUAAGGACAAGGAUAAAGAUAAGAAGAAUAAGAAAGAUAAAAAGAAAGGUAAGGAUGAUGAUGACGACGAAGAUGAAAAGCCAAAAAAACACAAGCCUAACAAACAUAAGAAAAAAGGUGAUAAAGAUAAAGAUGAUGAUAAAGAUGAUCCGGAUAAGGACAAGAAUAAACAUAAGGAUAAGGACAAGGAUAAAGACAAGAAAAAUAAAAAGAAAGGAAAGGAUGAUGAUGACGACGAAGAUGAAAAGCCAAAAAAACAUAAGCCUAACAAACAUAAGAAAAAAGGUGAUAAAGAUAAAGACGAUGAUAAAGAUGAUAACAAAGAUGAUGAUAAAGAUGAUAAGAAGGAUAAAGAUAAGAAAAAGAAGAAAGGUGAGGAUAAAAUAAAGGAAAAAGACGACAAGUUGAUGCAGGAUGGAAAAGAAAUCAUCAAAGAUAUUGAUAUUUUGGAGCAGAUAUUUUCGCGGUAAACGACGAUUGCGAAGCCCAAACUUUAAUGUAUGUGGGUAGAUUUAGGUUUCUACAAUAGAGGGUAGAUUUCUCACAUUGUUUGUCACAAACUAAACACUUAUCAAAAAAUGCACUGAUGUCCAAUUGUUCUCGUCGCCACUGAAGAGUUUCUGACGAGGGUCUAGGAAUCCAGGAUAUGAGGAGAUCACAAAAACACGUCCGUUCAGUAUUACGUUUAAUCCAUCGACAAACAAUGUGAGAAAUCUACCCUCUAUUGUAGAAACCUAAAUCUACCCACAUACAUUACACAAACAUCGAAUUACUGUAAAAUAUACCAUUUUGAUAAAAGUUUUUUUAACACGAA